GUACAAAAUACGAUACGGCGUAUCAUUCCCGAUGUCCCGGCUUCCAGUUCUUGAGUGCAGCUGCAAGAGAGAAACAAGACGCUCCGAGUAAGCUCUGAAUAAUGCAUGACGAAUUGCAUAAAUCGGAUUAGUGAUUGCAUCAGGCAAACUUGCAGAAAAAGGAUUAUCGUAAAAACGAACUUCUGGACAUCUUCACAUUAACAAUACUCUAUCAGUACAGUCAAAUAGCGUCAUGUUCAUGAUCCUGGAAAUUCGUUCUUCGUAGAAACGCGAAAAGCAGUCGAGACUGCUUCCUAAUCCGCUGGUCCGAGGAGCCAAUUUAUAUAACAUUUCUCCUGGUGAUAUACAGCAACGCACAGCGCUCCACUUUGUCCACUCAUCAGCAAUCCACCUACCAUUUGAUAUUCAUUGAUAUUCACCGUCAUGGACAAAAAGAGAGUGGAAGUUCGUGUACGUGAGGGAAGAUUGAGCGGCACCGUCGAGGAAGCUGUUUUUGGUGACCCUUACAUCGCCUUCCGCGGGAUACCGUACGCGAAGCCACCAGUCGGCGAACUCAGAUUUAAGGAUCCGUUGCCUUCGAAACCAUGGUCCGGAGUCAGAGACGCUUCGAAGCACGGCAAUAUCCCCAUUCAGAGAGAUCCAAUAACGCGCGAGCUGAUCGGCGACGAAGAUUGCCUCUUCCUGAAUGUAUAUACCAAGAAUAUCAAGCCUUGCCAGAAACGGGCCACGAUGGUAUGGAUAUACGGCGGCGGUUAUACCAUGGGUUCCGGCGAUAUGAGCUUCUACGGUCCCGAUUACAUUAUUCAGUGGGACGUGGUGCUGGUCACCUUAAAUUACAGACUAGGCGUUCUCGGAUUUCUGAAUCUUGACAAUGAGGUAGCACCAGGUAAUCAAGGUAUGAAAGAUGUGGUCAUGGCAUUGAAGUGGGUCCAGCGAAAUAUAUCAAAGUUUGGUGGUGACCCGGGAAACGUCACAAUCUUCGGCGAAAGUGCUGGUGGAGCCAUCACACAUUUUCUCUCUGUGUCUCCAUUAACCAAAGGUCUGUUUCACAAAGCGAUAUCACAAAGCGGCGUGGCCAUCAAUCCAUGGGCCUUUAACGAAUGGACGAGCGAAGUAAACACAGGUCUUCUGUUUGCCGAAAAACUUGGUAAAGUGACCACGGAUCCGAAAAUCGCCUGUGAAUUUCUGAAAUCGAUUGAUGCGAAGGAACUCAUAAAAACAGAGCAGAUAUUUUUAUCGGAAAACAAAAAUCUAGCCAUCGCAUUUGCACCAAGUCCGGAUUCUGACAUGCCGAAUCCAUUCUUCCCAAAACGUCUCAAAAAUUAUGUAGACUGUGGAGUCCAAGUGCCGUUUCUUUUGGGUUUCAACAGUUGCGAGGGGUCAUUCCUCGUAAGCAGCAAUACUUUUGGAAACUUAAGCAAAAAUACUAUUCAGCAAAUCGAUUCUGAUUUCAAGAGGGCUAUACUAUCCAAAGUUCUGCCUACUUUGCCACUGAUACCGAUCACAGUGCAAGAAUUACGAUCUUUAUACUUUGGUGAUAAGGCAGUAUCAGAGGAAACUCUAGACAUUUACGCUGAUUUUCUUGGCGAUCAAUAUUUCUGCCGCGGUAUUAUGAAAAUCGCUGACAUUCAAGUGAAUCGUGGUAACUCUUGUAAAGCAACGUAUUUGUAUAAGUUUUCUUACGACAGCGACGAAUCUUUCAUGAAAAAAGUGAUGAACAUCCAAAUACCAGGAGCGCCUCAUGCAGCAGAAUUAUUUUACUUAUUUUGCCCUCACAUAAUGAAAGAGUUAGGAAUGCCAUUGUUUGAACGUGAUUCAAAGGAAUACAUGAUGAUGAAAUGCUUUACGCGAAUGUGGACAGAUUUUGCAAAAACGGGAAAUCCAACACCUGCUGUUACGGAUUUGACUCCGGUUAAGUGGACACCAUUGAAGAAGGGAAACGUGUACGAUUACUUGAAUAUCGAUACUCAAACUCGCAUGGAAAUUUUCCAUAAAGGACAACAACGCUGGGAUUGGGAAAAUCAACUGAUUUCUCACCGUGCAUAUCGAGGAAUUCGUGUUGCGGUGCCGUAACUAAAGAAGUAAUCAAUGCUUUCAAUAAUCAAUAUCGAUUAUUAUCUUAUAAUUUCAAUCUUAAUCGACAUUUAAUCAGUCUGAAAUCUACUGGACUUUCUUUUUAAAAUUUCGACGUGUUUUGCUGAGAUAAGGUAAUCUUUAUCCAUCAUUCCUAUCAAAAGUUGUUUAUAUUAAGUCAUAACAUUUGUUCAAAAUGUUUAUCAAUAGUCUGAUUGAUAUCAGUUUCAUUAUUUUUGUCGCAGUUUUCAAUUUCUCUUUGAUCUCUUUAGUAUAUCCAGACUUUAUGUCUCUAGUCAUUAUUUCCAUUAUAUUUCUAUUCAUUUUUAUAUUAUUUUAUCAAAUAAAACGAAAUAAGAUCGGAUAAAAUAUAAUAAAAUGCGAUGUGAUUUUGUGCCAUAUUUUAAUCUACAAUUUUCUAAUAUAUAUGAAAUCAGAUUUAGAUUAAGAUUUGUCUAAAUACAAGAAAAAA